AAAACGAUGCGCGAGCAGAGCUGAGUCCUCCCAUGGCUCGACGUUCCUAUGCCGUGUCAUGUCCUCCCCAAGCAUCUUCCCAAGCUUUGGGCAGAUUGUGCGGCGCUGCGGGGGCCUGCUGCGCGCUAUUGACUUGGUUCACAGCUUCCGAUGCUACACAUCUCUGGUGCUCCUUGUGGAUAUGUUAAGGCAUGGUGUCCAUUACCUUGCGCUGCCAACCAUGCUGGAGGCCUUGUGGCAUCCUCAGCGCCACAGUCAUGCCCACACGGGUGAGAGCAUGGAAAGUGCUGCCGCUGCCACGGUCGCUGCAGUGGGUUUCCUCUUAACGGCCCUGAGCCAGGUGCUUCUCAGCCGAGUGACCGGAGGACGCAGGCUGACGCUGUCGAUGAUGCUGUGGGGAGCUUGGGGCGAGGUUCUUUGCCCGGCCCUGAUCUUUGCGCUGGUGUGUCUCGCGGAUCUGGCUGCGGUGGUCGCACCGCUGGACUAUGCCAUGAGCCCUGGCAGGGAUGCAUCCGCCUCGCACCUCACACCAGAGGAUAGCGGCUUCGUUGCCGCAAGCGAGCGGCAUGAUCUCAGCGCUCAAGGCCACGCCUGGAGGAGCAAUGGCCGCUCUCCUAGCGCGGUGGUGAUCUCGUUGCAGGCCUUGCUGCGGGCAUCGCUUUUGGUGACGAUCCGGCUGGCGCAGCGGCAACGCAGCUCUCGAGUACUGCCGUGACAGCACUGUGGACAGCAGGC